AUGCACAACACCAACGAGAAGCGAAACUUUUAUCAUCCAUACACGCCGUACGACAUUCAGAAUGAGUUCAUGGCCGCUGUUUACACGUGUUUGGAAGACGGCAAAGUCGGUAUUUUCGAAUCGCCGACGGGAACAGGCAAAUCGCUGAGCUUGAUCUGUGGCUCGCUGACUUGGCUGCGCGAUCACAAGAGACGUACCUUCGAGGAAGGGUUCACGGCAGAUGCGGCAAAUAGCGAAGAGCCGUCUUGGAUAGUUGAACAUGCUCAAAAACAGCGGAAGCAAGAAGCGCUUCGGCGCAAACAAGACCUGAAUGACCGCAUCGCCAAAAUCAAAGCAAAGGAGAAGCGUGCGAAAGUACGGUAUGAAAGCGGCGAGCCAAAGUACAAGAGACAGAAGGUUGCGGGGGGCGAUGUCGAGAACGAUGACGAAGCGCAAUUCGCGCUGGGCGACUAUGAGAGUGAUGAGGAAUCUCACAAACGUGCAAGAGCUGGCACGUUUGAUGAGUCCGGGCUAUCAGCAGAAACUCAAGCGUUGAUGGCAUCACUUGGUUAUACUGCCGAUGCUUCGAAAGAUGAGGAUGGAGAGCCGCCUGACGAAACGAAGAUAUUCUUCUGCUCUCGAACACACUCCCAGUUGACCCAGUUCUCCAGCGAGCUGGGCCGCGUCAAGAUGCCGCCCGCCAUCGCUCCGGACGACAAUGCGAACGAUGCCGGGGUAGAUUCACUCGUAGAAGACGCGAAGCAUCUCACUCUUGGAUCUAGGAAGAAUCUUUGCAUCAACAGCAAAGUCAACAAGCUUGGAAGCGCCACUGCGAUCAAUGAACGUUGCUUAGAGCUUCAACAGAACACCAAGACGGAGAGCCGCUGUCCUCAUAUGCCAACAAAAGAGAGCGAGCCGUUAGUCAAUGAAUUUCGAGACCAUGCGCUUGCGAAGAUUAGAGACAUCGAGGACUUGGGAGUGCUGGGGAAGAAGCUGGGUGUAUGUCCUUACUACGCUUCUAGACCAGCAACCAAGUACUGUGAGAUUGUAACGUUGCCAUAUCCGCUACUCCUACAGCGCACGGCUCGCGAAGCACUUGGUCUCUCCCUCAAAGAUCACAUUGUCAUCAUUGAUGAAGCGCACAACCUGAUGGAUGCCAUCACAGGCAUUUACUCCGUGUCUGUAACCCUAGACCAAGUGCAACAAGCGCGCGCCCAACUUACGGCAUACCUCCAGAAGUUCCGGAAUAAGCUCAAAGGGAAAAAUCGGGUUUAUGUCGCCCAGACGGUUCGCAUACUGGACUCAAUCAUCGCCUACUUGCAGUCAAUUGACGCCAACGCGAAGGCGACAGACGGCUUGAUAGACAUGGCUGCGAUCAUGUCUGGUAAAGGCGUUGAUCAGAUCAACAUUUAUAAGCUCAAUACGUACCUUCAGGAAAGCAGGCUGGCGCGCAAAGUAGACGGGUACACUGUAUAUUCCGAGCAAGCGGAAAGUGGAAGCGCGCACAUGUCAAUCACAAAGUCGGUCAAAAGUGGGCCACGACACACUGUACCGGUCUUGAUGCAUGUGCAAGCCUUUCUUCUCUCUCUGAUGAACCCGUCCAGCGAAGGCCGCUUCUUCUAUUCGAAGGAAGAGGCCGUAGGCACAACGUUGCGAUACAUGCUCCUGGAUCCAACCUACCACUUCAAAGACAUCGUUGAAGAAGCGAGAGCAGUGGUAUUGGCGGGUGGUACCAUGUCGCCGAUGAGCGACUAUGAGCAACACCUGCUAUCAUAUCUCAACCCCUCAAAUAUUAUGACGCUCUCCUGCGGCCAUGUCAUACCGCCUUCUAACCUCCUUGCUGCACCCAUCGUUCGAGCAACCAGCGGGGCUGAGUUUGACUUCACGUUCGAAAAUCGCAACAAAGAGAAAACCAUGGUCGAUCUCGGCAACACCAUUAUGACAUUCGCGCAGCACAUUCCAGAUGGUGUGGUAGUCUUCUUCCCCAGCUAUUCAUUUCUCGACGCUUGUAUCGCAGCCUGGAAGCGCAUCAAGCAACCAUCUUCGACGUCCACUUACUGGGAUAGCUUCACACGAACAAAGCCUGUUUUCCUGGAGCAGCGCAGCCAACAGCAGCCGUCUAGCCAGUCACCAGCAACCAAAGAAGCGACAGUAGACUCCGUUCUCACAGCCUACAGCGCAGCAAUCGCCUCCGGUAACGGCCGCGGUGCUCUCCUCUUCGCCGUAAUCGGCGGCACCUUAUCUGAAGGCAUCAACUUCAGCGACGCACUCGGCCGCGGCGUCGUCGUCGUCGGCCUCCCCUUCCCCAACCCGCAUUCGGCGGAGUGGAAAGCAAAGAUGCAGUACAUCUCCGCCAAACAAGCGAAGAGUGGUGGCGAUGGUAAGGCGGCUGCGCGUGAGUUUUAUGAGAAUGCUUGUAUGCGCGCUGUUAAUCACAAAGACAUUGCAGCCGAAGACGUGGAGGCUAUGCCGUUCGAUCCUCCGGUACAUAUUGGCUCUAUACCGACGCCCGAAGAUAUGCUGUUUCUUCCUCGUGUAGCUGACACUCUUCCAUACGGCGCCUUUCUGGUAGCAAUCGUAGAGCUUUGCGAGCGCUUCGCUUAUUACGGACUUUCUGGGCCAUUUCAGAAUUAUAUCGCCAAUGACUAUGACGACCCUAAUGGGCUACCAGGAGCUCUUGGUUUGAAGCAAAGUGGUGCGACAGCCAUGACAAACUUCUUCCAAUUCUGGUGCUACCUGACACCUUUGUUUGGAGCUGUUGUUGCGGACCAGUACUUAGGCAAGUAUGCGACGAUCAAGUGGUUCAGUCUAGUGUACAUGGUCGGCAUCGCAAUUCUCUUCGUUACCAGCUUACCGUGGGCGGUCCGAGGUGGAGCUGCGUACCCUGGACUCAUUGUCGCAAUGCUGGUUAUUGGCCUUGGUACCGGCGGCAUCAAGAGCAAUGUAUCGCCUUUGAUCGCGGAGCAAGUGCGGUCAAAUAAACCCUUUGUCAAGACUCUGGCGAGCGGCAAGCAGGUCAUUGUGGAUCCUGAAAUCACGGUACAGAGGAUUUACAUGAUAUUCUACAUGUGCAUAAAUGUUGGUUCGAUAUCUGCAAUAGCAACAACGAUGCUAGAACUACACGUCGGGUUCUGGAGCGCAUAUUUGUUGCCGUUGAUCAUGUUCUGCGUGGGAUAUGUCGUACUGGUGCGAGGGAGGAAGCAGUACAUCAUCAAACCGCCACAAGGCGGUGUUAUCGGCAAUUGCUUCCGCGCCCUAUUCAUCGCUGCAAGAAAUGGCGGAGACCUCAACAAAGCGAAGGCUUCUGCUCAGGGUCAUGGACAAGGCAGAUCGAAAGUGACGUGGGACGACAAGUUUAUCGACGAGUUGAAGACUGCGCUGGUGGCAUGCAAGGUCUUCCUGUUCUUCCCGAUCUACUGGCUUUCGUACUCGCAAAUGCUAAACAACUUUGUUUCGCAGGCUGGCCAGAUGGAACUGCAUGGCCUUCCAAACGACAUCCUUCCCAAUAUUGACCCUGUUACUAUCAUUCUGCUCAUUCCGAUCAUGGACCGCCUCAUCUACCCGUUCGUUCGCACACGGCUGCACAUCGCAUUGAUGCCGAUAACGCGCAUCUCUCUCGGUUUCCUCAUGGCUGCAUUUGCCAUGCUGUAUGCCGGCGCUCUCCAAUCCUUCAUCUACGCAGCACCACCGUGCUACUUCAGCCCCUCAAACUGCAAGGCUGGAAAUAUCAGCGAAGGGAAAUUCAAACCCAAUGAAGUCCAUGUUGCUUGGCAAGCUCCGGCGUAUGUACUGAUCGCACUGAGCGAAAUCCUCGCCAGCGUUACGGGUUUGGAGCUGGCGUAUGCGAAAGCUCCGGAGAAUAUGAAGAGCUUCAUCAUGAGUCUCUUCUUGCUCACAAGCGCGGGAGGAAGUGCCUUGGGUAUCCUCAUCGCUCCGUUGGCAAGAGAUCCGCACUUGCAGUGGCUAUACUUUGUCUUAGCAUUCACUGCCGCUAUCGCUGGUAUGGUUUUCUACCGCAUGUUCAAGGGCAUCAACAGCAACCUUGCUACGCAGUUGGAACAUGCGGGAGAGUAUGAGUUGACAAGAAGAGUGAGCGCCGACGAUGACGCAUACUACUGCGACGCUGAGAACCCUGUCAACGGGACGCAACGCGCCUGA